AUGGCUUAGGAGACAGGAGCAGGUAUGGCUGACUCCACAGGUGAUCCAGAGACAGGCAAAGAUGUGGAAGAUCUGACAAAAAGCUUGGAGGAACUCUGUGAGAGCUCUAAGGAGCAGAGUGAGGAGGUGCUACUGCUUUCACACCUAGAACAGCAUCAUCAUCUUGUCUCUGUACUGAAGGGGAAAAUGGAUGACACACACAAACGCUGCAGAGACCUGGAGCAGCUCAACAUGGAGCUGGAGAAACUGAGGGGAGAGGAUGCUGUGAAAAUUAAAACCCAGACCCACCGUAUUCAGUAUUUGGAGGGGAGCUUCACAGAUCUGGUCAAAAACCAUGGAAAGAUGAUCCAGUUCAAAAAUGAGCAAAAACAGCACCUGCAGCUGUGGGAGGAGAGCAAGCGCCUGCGGCAGGACAGGGAAGCACUCUUCAGCCAGGCUGUGAGGGAGAAGGAAGCUGAACUGCUCCAGCUGGCAGCCCAGGCCAGGAGGCUCUCACAGCAGUUCUGCUCCUUGCAGGAGAAAUAUGCUUCUGAGAGUCACAGAGCCCAGGAGAGAGAGAAGGAGCUGCUGGAAGCUCAGUGCCAACUAGCAGAUGCCUAUGCCCAGGAGGUGGAUUCACUCAAGAGGCAGCUGCAGCUCCUACAGGAGAGGCACCAACAAGCUGCUGCAGAGAGCCAGCAGAGGGCUCAGGGCAGUGAGCUGCAGGCCAAGCUGGAAAGGGCACAUGAAGAGAAAGAGCAGCUGCUGAACCUGGCCAUGGAGAGGAGCAAAGCUCUGCAAGAUAAGGAGCGGGAGAUUCAGAAGCUGGAGGAGAAGCUAGAGACUAUGGAGGAAGCCAUGCAGAGAGCAGGAAGGUGCCUCAAGAAAGAAGCAGUCAAAGAUCUGAAGGUUCAAGAGCUCCAAGGACAGCUAGAACGCAGCAAGCAGGCGUACAAUGAACUCCUGCUGCAGUUCAGUGCUUACAGAAAGCACAGUAUGGAUUUGCUGACUAAAGAGAGAGCUCUGAACAUCAAACGCCAUCACUUUGUUGCAUAACUGCAGUUUUUUUCUCUGUUCUCCUCUCAACAGGUGCCUCUGAAUUUUGUUCCUCUCCAUAGGACCAUCCUCUGGUUCCUUUGUACUGUCCUCACCAGCUUGAACCCUCCUCCACUGACAGCUCUGUAGCCUUUCUGUCAUUACGCCUUUAUGAAAGUAAAUCACUACACUCUUACAGCUGGACAUGGAUCAUUGAACCAGUCAAUGAUGUGACAUGAAUGAUUAGGGUGGAAAACAUAAACUAUGAAUUUGAUUUAUUUGGUGCUAACCUCUGCUGAUUCAUAGGUUUUCUUUUUUUUUUUUUUUUAGUUAAAACCAUUUUAUUUUUCAAGAUGACCAAAAGCUCAAACUCUUAGCCUUUUGUAUUUGAUUCUGCUUUGAAGUUCAGCAGAGGCUGGGAAUGUAAGAGGCUCUGAGGCUCCAAGAAAAUCCUUGCAAUAUCUCUGCAGUUCUCUAAAUUCAGGAACUUAACAGAUAAUCCAAUAAUAUCAUAUGACAACUGAUCCUCAAGCAAACUACUGUUUAUAGUUUUCUAAUAGUCUUACAGAUUUCUGCAGUCAUUUAAACUCUAUUUAAUGCCAGAGUAGUAUUUAUAUCCCCAUUCCGCUCAGAAUAAAUUGUCAAGACUUUUGCGUUA